UAAUUUUUUUAUUUGCAUACUACCCAAGCUAAUUGUAAAUGUUGAUGAAAACUUCCCGUAUUUAUGUUCAACUUAACUAAAACGAUAGGAAUGUAAUACGAUGUUAAACUUGUUUAUGUUAAAUUCGUUUCGUAGUUAAAUUCAAUUAGCAGAAUCUUUGGUGGAUAAGAAGAGUUUGUAUGUCAUUUGGUACAUCAUAGAGCAUAUACGCGGCUAUUCAUAUGCAUCAGAAAUAAAAUGUAGAGCAAUAUUAUCCCGUAAUGAGACAAACAGAUUUUGCAGCAGUUUAAAUAAGUUUUAUCGAGUAAAACUAUUGAUACUAUUUAUUACUAUCGAAGCGGAUCCCGUAUAUAUACUUACUUACUUUUGCAAUAAGUAAAGUUGAGAAUUGCAAGAAAAAAGAAUCUCUGUCUAAAAAAUUAUAUACUAUCUUGCAUUCGUAUCGAUGACGAAUACUAAUAUGUCUGACAAUACAAAAUAAAUAUUUUAAAAAUUAACUUUUAUUUUGUUAUAAAAAAAAAUAAAUUUAAAUUUUGUUGCAUCAAAAUUUUGUACUUGCCUCAAACCACAUAUAUACUCAGUUGCAUACUGUACACUUUGUUACAGGCAAAAUCUUAUAAACAUUUAUUUUAAUACGUAUAUGUAUAUAUUAAAUGGAUCGAGCGCGAACUCAUUUCCACUGCGCGAAAAUUUUUAUAUCACCAUUUUUGUUUGAUUUCCUCAAAUGUACAAUAAAGAAAUGAAGUAUUAUACAUUAUAUAUAAUAGUGAAUAGAUCCGUAAAGUUUCGUAUUUUUCUCAAAAUAUAAUCCAUUUAAUAUUGUAUAGAUUCACCAAGUGUAUGAGCGCAGAGUAAUGCUUCGUAUGAUGCACUGAAAGAUAUUGAAAGUCUUUUUACUAUCGAGAUAAAAAAGUCAUAACUGCGUUUGUGCAAGAAUAUGCAUUAAAAAUAUAUUGCUCUCACAAAUUGAGGUAAUUUAGACUAAUUUGCUUUCAUCUAUAUCAAAAAAACAUUACUCAAUUAUUAGAAUAUAGCCGUCUUUACAAUAACUAUCGACGCACGAAUAUAUCGAUCGUUGAAAAUUGACGGAGAAUGUCGCAAGAAAUAAUUCGAGAAUUCAAAGGUUCGUCUUAUGGUUACAUCGCAGUUCUCGUAAAAUGUAUACGACAGAAGAACGCUAUUAUAAAAUCAGUCGGGUACUUCUUAAGACUCUUGGUUUGUGGCCUUAUCAGCAAUCAUAUUUCUCGCAAAUACAUAAAGUACUGUGUGCCAGCCUUCUUUUAACAUUUAUUCUUGUCCAGUUGUUGGUACUCGUUACAACGCAGUACAAUACGAAUCUUCUCCUCAAAAUUCUUUCAACUGUCUUUCCUAUUCUUUUCGUCACUGUAAAGUAUUGUUUUUUUAUCAUACAAGCGGAUAGUGUAAAGAAAAUGUUAGAACAAAUGCAAGAUGAUUGGAGAUUAUUGAAAAAUAAGGUGGAAGUUGACAUUAUAGAAAAAUACGCUUAUAACAUACAGUUUUCUUCAAUGAUUUUAAUAGAUCUAACAUUUUUUAGUGAUUGGUUUUUUUUGCUUGUUCUUGGGUUUCAUACUUCAAUGUUUGCCAUCAAUUCUUGA